GUUACCAAGUGGCACACGAAAACAUAACAACGGUAUCUGUUGUCACUUCCCUUUCGUUAGGCUACUUCGUGUGUUGUGUUGAUUUUUUUUCAAUAUCAACGAUUCGUAAGAAACGCAACAUGGCCUACGACUGCAUAGACAGGGGAAUAAGUCGUCUUUUUGCCCUGUACGGAGGCUUCCUGGCACGGCACCCCCUCCCCUUCCUUGUUCUGCCCGUCCUGUUGGCAGGUGGACUGGGAGCGGGAAUGUAUUUUAUGGUGUCAGAUUCGUCCGUGGAAGGAUUGUACACACCCGAUAAUGGACGGGGGAAAACAGAGCGCGCUGAGGCCGAACAGCACUUCCCUGUCAAUGACUCGGAAGCUUUUCAGCCUUCCAGAAUUAUUACGCUCGGUAGAUCGGCCAGCGUCAUCGUGACGAGUAAAGGACUCGACGACGUUUUGAGGAUUUCUGUUCUGCGAGAGGUCCUGUCACUCUACAGCAACAUUUCCGGACUAGAGGCACAAGUGUCUGGAACAAACUACACAUUUGCGGACUUGUGUGCCACAUGGCAAUCUCGGUGUGUAGUCGAUGGGUACCAACUUCUAAAUUUCACAUUGGAAAAAGAUGAAAACACGACCAUUGGUUACCCCUGGACAAAUCUUCCUGGCGGGACUCGGCUCUUCAGUGGAGCCACCCUCGGAGGGGUAACUCUAGAGCCGGGAACGGAGGACGUCAGCACCGCAGCCGCCUUCAAACUGACCUUCUACCUACGCAGUGAAAAUCCCGAAGAUGACAAACUGAGCGAAGAAUGGGAAAAGGCCUUUCUGUCCUACAUGGACAACUUUGAAUCAGACAUUAUCGACGUCUCUCAAACCUCGUCUCAGUCCCUUGAGGAGGAACUGUCCGAACUAACACCUCGCAUCAUCCCACGGUUCUCCAUCACCUUCACAGUCCUCAUCACCUUCUCCAUUUUCUCCUGCAUGAUGCUGGACAUGGUCCGCACCAAGCCGUGGCUGGGCAUGCUCGGCGUCGUGUCGGCAGGCAUGGCGGUGGUGUCCUCCAUGGGGCUGUGUUUGUACUGUGGGGUCAAAUUCACCAGCGUGGUGGCCUCCAUGCCGUUUCUCAUCAUAGGUAUCGGUGUGGACGACAUGUUCAUCAUGAUCGCGGCCUGGAGGAAGACCCAUCCUGGAGGCAGCGUGGAGAAACGCAUGGAGGAGACGUACGCGGAGGCUGCUGUCUCCAUCACCAUCACAACCAUCACGGACGGACUGGCCUUCGGCAUCGGCGCCAUCACAGUGUUCCCGGCCAUCCGCAUUUUCUGCAUCUAUACUGGCGUAGCCGUACUUUUUGAUUACUUCUUCCAAGUAACCUUUUUCGGCGCCUGUAUGGUAUAUGUAGGUCGCCGUGAGAAAGCUAAUCGCCACGCAGCUACCUGCAUGCGGGCUGUCACUCCUAGCGAGGCCAAGGAUAGGUCAGGUUGCUAUCGCCUUUUCUGCACGGGAAAUACAUUGGCUGGAGUAAACGAGAAGGGGGAAUUUUCGGGUAGCGAUCAUGCUAUUAUGACCUUUUUCAAGGAUUAUUUUGGGCCUUUCAUCACAAAAACAUGGGUAAAGGUUAUAGUGAUGUUGAUGUUUGCCGGGUACUUAGGUUGUGCUAUGUGGGGAUGCCUGCAGUUAAGAGAAGGCAUUCGUCUCAGUAACCUUGCUGCCGAUGACUCCUAUGUAGUGAGCUACAACAACAAAGACGACCAGAAUUUUAUGUCUUAUGGCGCCAAAAUUUCUGUCGGCUUUACUGAUGAGCUAGAAUAUUGGAACACAACCGUCCAAAGCGAAAUUGAAAAUACUCUCAGUCUGUUUGAGGAAACGAGCUUUACUUCGGGGAAAAAUGAAACAGAAUCUUGGCUUCGCGAUUAUCUUGAUUUCAUUGAUCAGUUCUCCAGUAUCAUCCCUGGUCUGAAUGCCUCAAGAAAAGAACCUUUCAUCACAAAUCUCAAAGAUCAUUUUCUCACAAACGUUCAUUUCAAACGGUAUGAGCUCGACAUUGAGUUCAACGACAACAAGAGCGAAAUUCUCGCUUCACGUUUCCUCGUUCAAACGAAAGAAAUUACAAAUUCUGUCCGUGAAAAGGAAAUGGUUAUCAAGAUGAGAGACCUGGCUGAUCAGAGCCCUUUCCAAACCACGGUUUACCACCCUAGCUUUAUUUUCUAUGAUCAGUACAUCGCCAUUCUUCCCAACACCCUGCAGAACUUGGGUAUCGCCACAGCCACCAUGUUCGUGGUGGCCCUUGUCCUCGUGCCCCACCCCGUCUGUUCCGUCUGGGUGACCCUGUCCAUCGCGUCCAUCUGUACCGGGGUGGUCGGGUACAUGACCUUAUGGGACGUCAAUCUAGACGCCAUUUCCAUGAUCAACAUCAUCAUGUGUAUCGGCUUUUCAGUCGACUUUUCGGCUCAUAUCACUUACGCCUUCGUAUCCUGUAAAGAAGACAGUAGUAACGCUAGAUCGGUGUUUGCCCUGUAUACUUUAGGCAUGCCCAUCCUGCAGGGUUCCCUGUCCACAAUACUGGGUGUAGCGGCCUUGUCCACUGCUCCGUCUUAUAUCUUCCGCACCUUUUUCAAAACGAUGUUCUUGGUAAUUCUGCUAGGAGCGAUGCACGGACUAGUUGUUCUUCCCGUGCUGUUGACCUUCAUGGGUCCAGGUGCCUGUAGGGGCAGGCAAGUUGUCAGGGAAACACCGAGUGGUCAGCACCGCAAUGUUUUGAUUGACGACAACAUGCGAGCUUGGAUAGACAGUUUGAAAAAACCCGAUGGAAAUAACAGCAAAUCGGAGCGUCCUUCAAGUGAUCAGUCCAGCAGUACCUUACCCACAUCAUCACAGUAUACGUACAGCAAUCCUUCAUUCGAACCUGAACAGACGUGGAGUGGAUCCGCGUUAAAGGCAUGAUCCAAUGCAAAAACAAAAAAUACUAGUAUUCUGGAUGAAGUAAUGUGUAAUAUUCUUAUCUACUGCCAUUUCCUAGCACAUUUUCGUCAUCAUUUCAUACUAGCGUUUGAAAUAGCCCAAAACAAGCUACGUGAAGAGUCCCUUUAUUUUUGGAUACCACGCAUGAAUAGCUAGAACCAGCCUAGUAUUAUAAUACAAAACAAGCAACAAUUUUCGCUCCUCUGAAUGCAUCUAAGAAGAAUCAUGAUGACCUUCCUAAGAUAAAUUGGUCACAGUUGGCUGUCGCAGCCGGGCAUUAUAUAUAGUAUGAUCUAAGACUAGUAAACAACGUCGUCGACCAACUCCCGACCACAAAUAUCUCCAUUUUUAAUAGGACUAUUAUAGCUAACUCUAAAAAAUUGUCUGGAAAAGUUAGGAAGUCUGUAUGUGUUCGGCUAUACGUGAUAGAGACUUGAGUGGAGAUUUGCAUGAAAUCCAACUGUACAAUAUGGGAACUACUGUAACAGUUUUGCUUCAGUUCGAGAGUUUUUUCCCAGUAGGAGAAAGGAGGUUUAAUUAAGCUUGGUUGUAGAAACAUCUGUAUGUUCAUGUUACUGUUGUUUUCAGGGCACGAUCUAGGCUGGUGUUGUUUAUUCUCCUGAUGAUGUGAUAUGACUUAGGAGGUAUUUUGUGAGUCCAUAUCUGGUUGUAUAUUGUUGGCAGAAAAUUAGUGAUACAGAAUCUCACAUUCCAUGUUGAUACACUAUCUCUUUUGCUCUACUAUACCACACUAAACCAAACAAGAAUGUAUUAGGUGAUCUUUAUUUGUUUGUUUACAAACGAACAUUUCCGUCUAAUUCAUGCCUUCGAACUUGUAACUGUUAAGUGUAGGAUUAUGAAUGUGUACAUGACUACAUAUAGUGAAGUGCAAGUGCAACAAAAGGACAUAACAAUAUUAUCACCGCACUGUAGUGUGUACGUGCAUUUCUAACAUUAGAAACAUAACUAGCGCCUAGCAUACGCUGAAAAUAUUUCCAUGCAUUAUGAAAGUAUUAUUGUAAGACCUCGGUCUCGAUGGGUGACCCUUACAAGUUCGUAAGAUGACCGCAGAUGUUGUAGAUGUACGUACCCGGAACAAAUGACACAGGAGCCAGAGCUACAUAGUGACGUGACUGUAUUCUCUCUCUCUCCGAUACUCUCUCUGAUACUCUCUGAUACUGCCUUCACUACAUGGUUACAUGACUUUUUAUACUCUUAGCCACCUACUUACAGGUUUCUUGGAAAAAGUGCCAUCAUACUUCCUGUAUCAGUCCUUAGACAUUAGUGGAAAAUCCCUGACCAUUACCAAAUAAGGCAACGUCCAGCCACUGGGACCUUAGGUUCCCUGCUGUCAGGACCCCAUUAGUUCUUCCCGGGUCAUUAACUAGAUGUCACUCAAAGAUCUCUUACAUUUCUCAGAACAGAGGAAAAUGAUUCAGUACAAGAACACGAAAGUGGUUUUCCAACCUACUGUACAAGAAACUUGUAUAACCUGUGAUACUUAUUAUUAUCAAUAUACUACAGGCUAGGGCACCCUAUUACAUUAUGAAAAUAUGUGUUUUGCCAAAGUGCCAAAAAUUUAAUGUUUUCAACACCGAAAAUGCCAAAAGUAUGCCAUUUUUUGCACUGUAAUUGAAAUUGCAGUUUUUGUUGCAAAUCUAUGUAUGGGAAGGGAUUGUUAAUGCUGUCAUUUUAGCCUAUAUACUAGUAUCAUGUCCAGUUCCAUUUGGUUUGGCCAAAAAGUGACGUUGAUCUCUGACAGACAUCCCAUUGAAAUCCAUAAAUGGAUUUCAAAAAUGGUGCGCUUAAAAAAAAGCGGUGGCUGUUAACAAAAUCCAGAGGUGAUCUUGAAAACAAGGUUGUAAUCAAAUAUGUGAGUGGAUAGCUCUUCAUCAUUUUCCAACCUUAAUAUAAAAACCUUAAUAUAUAAAUUUUCAAAUGCGUUGAGUCGAAAAAAAUGGCCCCACACGUGGGUCUGCAUGGAGGGGCACUAUUCAGUUACUGGAUUAUAAAAUGUUCAAUUCCUUGUUAAUAUAUAACCAAAUUUUACAAAUUUGGUUGAUUUUGUAUCAAUAAAAAUGUGUUUGUUUACAAAAUGAUACUGGCCUCUGCUCUUGAGACUGCCUUUAAGAGCAUUAUUCCUCCUUGACAGUUUCAUUUUUCGCAUCAACAUGAUGAAGUAUGACAUAACAUUACAUCAAGUCUGGCAUCUAGUGGUGCAUGGAUGACAAUUUCACAUGCAUGUUUUUUUAACAGUCAUCACUUCUUCAGUUUAUAGUUUCAUGUUUGUUUACUACAUGCUACUAUCACUGUGCAAUAGAAUAUACUUCUCAUCAGUUAUACGAGUAAAUGCUUGACUCAAUGUACUUCGGCCAACCACUACUACACGUGAAAGUGGCAUGUUAUGCCAAAGCGGCCUCUUACGUAUAUACAGGUUGGACAAUUAAGUUUCAGGAUUGAUUAGCCUCCUUUGUAGCCGUUCCGGGAGAGGUUUGUUUUGUUGUUGUUGUUGUUGUUGUUUUUUUGUUUGGGGGGGGCGCUUAUUUGCAACUUGCGAUUUUCUGAUCAAACGUAGAUCGCACGCAUUAUAUAAUUAGAAGCCCUGAUCGCCAACCCUGGACGACAUUCUAGAGUUGGUGAUCAGGGCUCAUAAUGCGUGCGAUCUACGUUUGAUCACAGAAAAUCGUGCAAGUUGCAAAUAAGCGCCCCCGCUCCAAAAAAAAGCCGACCCCACCCGGAACGCCUGCCAAAGGAGGCUAAUGUAUUAUGUAAAUAGACAUGUAAAUAUUAUUUGUAUUUGCGUCGGCAUA